AUGUUCUCGUUGGGUUAUAUCCCAGUUCUCUCUACCUCUUUUCAAAUGUGGCCAAGUGCUAUACCCUAGACUGGAUCCGCCGAUGCUCGAGAAUCAAGUUUGGAGAUGGAGAUUGAAGAUCUAGAUCAGAUUUCUGCACUCUCUCUCCUCUAUCGAGUAACUUCCAUUCACUUAGGUUUUGAGGAACCCUAGUCAUGUUUGUUUGAUUGGAUGAUUGUAUGAGUAAUCCUACUUGAUAAUCUUGAGUUCAUUCAAUCAGUGCAUGUUUUCAUAAUUCAAUUAUGCUUUAGUCGAGAUUAUUGAUUCUGCUUUGAUCCUAUGAGAGCGAAUACCUGAUUAGGUCAAUAGAGCACCAUAGAUUGAUAGUACUGGAUCGAUUGCCUUAGUCGAGGGUCGAUUCACUUCUUUGUAUUGAUUGAGAACCCCUUUCGAUAGAGGGAGUCUAGUUCAGAACGCCUUGAUCAGUUGUUCUAGAGAAGGAUACGUCCCUCUAGGCAAUCGAUUCAAGAGGGCAUUGACUUCCUUAGUCGAGAUACAAGGUCUAGUAAAGGAUUCUCCGCAUUGUGAAUGAAAGUAAAACAAGUUAGAGAUCGUUUAUAAUUAAUCUGGCUAGUGAUUAGGGGGAAUCAUACCUAAGUGAGUUCCCAACCUGUAAUUAGAUUAACUUUAACCGUAGUUUGCAAAAGUAGUUAUAGUGCUUCUAUCUUUAUCUGGUUUGCUAGAUAAUGAACUGAAGCUGAGUAAUGGUAACUCUAGAGACCCGUUGAUUCGAUGUUUAUUACUUGUACCACUAUACUGCUGUCCCUUUCAUUGGUUACACUUCUCCAUUGUUAGGAGUUGUAUUGUAGCGAGUCAAGUUUUUGCCGCCGUGGCUGGGUACCUUCUAGAUUAUUAGGAAAGGCAGAUCCGAAACAUGGAUCUUCAUGGAUUCUCCAACCAUUGGGGGUAUCCACCACCACCCGAGUGGUAAUAUCCCGAGACUUCCUUGAGAAAUCAAGGAGGGGAAGACUAUGGAAUCGGGUUUCAGUACCAACUCUCCUACUACGAAGAAAAACCAUACCCUUGGGAACCUCAAUAACAAUAUCCUUAUCAAGAAGAAUUUCUCCCAUAGCCAGAAGGGUCGUCAGAGCAGGAGGUAGCCAUGGCGGCCUUCACAGGCCAUUGUGCAGAGCCAUGCUACACUCCAUUAGAAGACCCGAAUAAAAAUUGAGUCUUCUUGUGGACCAGUUUUCUCAAGACACUGAGAGAUCAUACUUUAAGAUGGAUCUUUAUAUCCAGGCCAUCGAAUAAACUCAGUUCACCUACCGUGAAACAGAGGGACCAUCCUGAGCAUAAAGAAGCACAUAGAGGUCAUUGAGAAAGAUUAUGCACAGUUCGAUCAAGACAACCCUUAUGCUAUAAUACAAGUAGAGGAGGAGGAAGAAGAAUCCAAUCAUGAGGAUGUUGAGGAGCAUACAUAAGUUGUCACCGAGAGCUCCCGUGAUAAUCAUGAUCAGGAAUGUCCUCUGGUGUCAGAUCACACCUUUCCCCAUGUAUUCUAUGCCAUGAUGGGUCCGAGCAAGGAGAUGCAAGAUGAUCUCAUGAAAGAAAUUGCUUGGCGACUUCCUCUCCAAUCUGUGCUAGAAGUAAAAGAGCGAGAAAGGAUGUGGAAAGAAGUUUUAGUGGAUGACGGAAGUGAAUUAGAGGAAUUUCUUGAUCGUUUCCAAUGGGUGCAAUCAAAUUCCAAGGAAGGAAGGGGGGUUGAAGAAGCAAUUGGUUUCCAGGCUGAGGACAAAGUUGAGGUGGAAGAGGCUUGCACCGGCCAUGUGUUACAGGUGAUAUCUCCACCAAACUUCGAGGAACUGUUUGGCAAAAACCCAUUUGCAGUGACUCUUUACCAGACCAAGACCACAUCUAUAGUGGUCCCUCUAGGUGGAAGCGAUGGUGGUCAAACAAUGCUGUCAUAUCAUGGUUGGGGCAAUUAGACAAGAGAACAAACGAAGGAGAGGUCUCGUGUGUGGAGACUGCAUCUUCCUCGAGUGCACAAGCCAUCUUUAUCACCUAUCAUACCACCUGCUCGUGACUUGAGACUCCACCUCAUCGACAAGAACCUCAACUUCAAGGAGGUUUUGGGGUGGACUGAAACUUAGGAAGCAUCGUACGACUCACGACAUGAAAGAAGCGCUUGUUGUGUAACAACCCAACUAGUCGGUUUGCAUUUCUUUCCCUAUUUCUCUUUGGUUGAGUCAGUUCUGUUCUUUGAUUUUAGAUUCAAUAACUUAACCUCUGUGAGAUUAUGCAUGGUGUUUGUGUUCUGAAUGAUCUCCCUGCUCACCUAGAAUGCACCGCUUGGCUCGUCCACCAUCAUUCACACUUGAUUUGGUAACAUUGUUCUACCCUCUUUAUCCUUUCUCCAUUGAGGAAAUGUCGUGCUUACAUGUGGGGGUGUUCCAUUAUGUUUGUGUGUGAAUGUUUGGUUGUAUGUGUGUUCUUGGAGCCUAGUCCACUGUCCAAAUUUUAAAUUUAAGGGAUCCAAGUAUGUGUUCCUUUCAAUUACCUGCUUAGUAUCCUUUGAAUUGACAGUCUUUAUAGUAAUAUGCAACCUAGGUAGGUAGUGUAGCACUAUGGAGGAUGUUGAUGUAGGUAAGAAAUCUCCUUUCUUCUUCAUAUUGUGUUGGUUGAUUGUGUGAAUUAGUGAUCUUAGAACACUUGAAUUGUGUGGUAUGGCUCACUUUCAAUCUAUCAUGGACUCUUGUAUUAUGUUUUGAAAAAGGUGCUCUAAACUGUGCUUUUAACAUAAUGUCUCCCGUGUGGAAAUCGGUGAAAGUGUGUAAGGGGAGACGGGAAUCCGUUCCCAACUUCCACCUACUACCUCCAGCCUCCUUACACCUCUUUCCCCCGCACGAGGCUUGAGACAUCUUCUCCCGGCAUGGCCGGUAAGAGUCGGGCUCCCUCAAAACCUUUGCUAGGUGGGAGCUCCGUUUUCUACAAAUAACAGGUUGGAACCAUUGCAAGAAAAAAAAGAGCAUUGUAUCCACAGAUCAUUUGUCGUAUGAUCAUUACUUGCAUGAUCUCGACUCGGGACUCGAGUUCUCACUGAAGAAGAUAGGAGCUCCUCUACCAAUGAUCGGGGUAUCAUGUUUCUGUAAAGGUCUGGAGAGUUGCAUUGGUUUGAGUCAGGUCUACUUGGGGACAAGCAAACGGUUAAGUGUGGGGGAAUUUAAUAACAGUGAAUUUGUACAUAUUUUUACCCCUCAUUUCUUGAUUGUUUAGCUUGAUGUUUAUCAUAAUUUUGACUAUUUUACACUAGGUUGUGUUCCUUUGUCACAUUUUAGGUUCUAGCAUGUAAAAUGAAGCAUAUGCGCAACUUUCAAAUCAAUUGGCGACUCGGGAGAAGAAACUCGGGCAUGACCCAAGGAAUAACGGAUUUCUACCUCAUUUUAUGGACAAAUAAUCAUGUAAUCUAGACAUGGAAAGAAAUAGGACGAGACUACGAGUGUCUGGGAUCAAACGGCGACUGAUUCAGAGAUCGGAUGAGCAAGAAAUGACUGAAAGACAACAACCUCCAAAGUUACGGGUUGCCCUUCAAAGUUACGGUUCAGACCGUAACUUUGCCAUUUUGGCCGUAACUCGGGGCCACGGAAGGCAGAAUACAUUGCAGAAGUUAAGGCCUGAACCUCAAAGGUUACGAUCGUAACUUGGCUUCAGUGAGCUGCAUAAGUGCAUUUUUGCGGAUUCUGAAGGGGGAGAGCUGGAUUUUAGAUCCCAAACAUCCAAGGGACGAACCCUAGAGAGAGAGAACACCUUGGGAUUAUUCUUGGAGCUAUUUUGGAGGAUUUCUUCACCAUUGGAGCUCGAGAAUAAAGCUUGGAGAAUGAG